UUAAUAAAAACAAUACUCAUAAUACUUUAAUUACCAAUAGAUCUAAGCUUCAAAAGAUUAUAAAUUCUUGUAACAGAUGUAUUUCAGAAAAUUAGAGUAUGAAACCAAUGUAAUCAAUAGUCAAGAUUCCAAGAGACUCAUAUAAAUUAUAAAUAAAUAACACCACUGGUCCUUUUCCGUUUCCACUUUUCGUUUUAUUUGGCGCACUACACAAAAAUGGCAGCGAAGCUUAAAAACAGUAUUGUUUCUGCCUUCAAAAUGCAUGGGCUCACUUUACGAAGUGAAGCUAGCAGGUAUUUGGUUGAGGUUCUAGCACCUGUUGAAGCAUCAGAGAAAGAACAAUGGCUUGACAAAAUUAUCGACAUUGUUCAAAAGCAGUCAUUGGCCUCAGCCAUGGUUGGAAGAGAAGAGUGUGAAUCUGCUGUUCAGGAGUGUAAUGCUGAACAAGAUGAUGAUAGUGACUCUAUUCUCAAUGUGAUAGAUGCAUUUUCUGUUCCAAGAUUUACUUAUGUUAAGGAAAGAAAAAAGUUUAUACCAGAUGCAAAUCUGGAAAAGGCAGGGCCAAGAUUACAUGGAAUUCCCACGGAUAAAGGUGCUAUGUUUAGAGAUCGCUACACAGUUAUACAUCAGAGAACAUUGAGAAAUGACCUUUUUACUCCCCCUGCCAUAGGUUCAAUAGAAGCUGACAGUAAUAAAUUUCAACUGAAACCUGUUGAGUACUUGGUGGGCAGCACAUCAAAAGUUGGAAACGUCUUGGUCCUUGGAAUGCUUGUACAACUUAAAGAGGGUAAAUGGUAUAUUGAAGAUCCCACUGGUCAUGUACAGCUAGAUUUAUCUGAAGCAACUUUUCAGCCUGGUUUGUUUACUGAAAACUCCUUUGUACUGGCUGAAGGCUGGUAUGAAGAUGGUACUUUUUACGUUGAAGCUUUUGGCUUGCCCCCACCAGAGAAGGCUGAAACCACAAGAUCGUAUUUCGGAAACAUCAACUUUUUUGGCGGCCCAUCAUCAAUUCAAGUCAAGUCUUCUAAUCGCCUUGCACAAAUUGAAGCAGAGAACACCGAUGCAAUGUUUGUCUUACUCUCUGAUGUCUGGCUUGACCAUCCCAAGGUGAUGGAAAAGUUAAAUGUUCUGUUUAAAGGCUAUUCUGAUUUUCCACCUACUGCAUUUAUUAUAUGUGGGAACUUCUUAUCUUCACCUAAAGUCUUAAGUCAUGCAAAAACAUUAACAGACUGUUUCAGAGAUCUUGGCAAUAUGUUGUCCAACUAUCCUAAAAUAGUGAGUUCAAGUCAGCUUAUUUUUGUGCCAGGUUCCAAUGACCCAGGCCAUUCUACCAUUUUACCAAGACCAUCCAUACCAAAUUCAAUCACAGAAGCAUUCAGAAAGAAAGUACCCAGUGCUGUUUUUACUUCCAACCCAUGUCGAAUUCAGUACUGUACACAGGAAAUUGUAAUAUUCAGAGAAGACAUUGUCACUAAGUUGUGCAGAAACUGUGUCAAAUUUCCAGCCGAUGGCAAUGUUCCUGUGCAUUUUGCAAAAUCCCUGAUUAGCCAAGCCCACCUUUGUCCCCUGCCCCUGCAUGUAUGUCCAGUGUAUUGGGCUUAUGACUGUAGCCUCAGGCUGUACCCUCUACCCGAUGUUAUUGUGACUGCAGAUAAAUUUGAUCCUUUCACUACCAAUGCUGUGUCCACCACUGUGGUCAACCCUUAUUUUAUCAUCUACAGGGAUCUUUUCUUAGGACUGACUUCAGCUUUAAAGUCUAUUACCCUGUGUCAAAGCAAGUCCAAGACAGUCAAGUCCUUGAUGAGGUGGACAGAACUCUCAACAAUUCCACCAUCAUUCAGUCUGCAGAAGUCAACUUAUCCCAAUCUGCUGAAGAGGAUUCACUUAAUUUUACUGCAUCUGAGCCUAUGGAUUAACAUUGUUUUAAAUGUUGAUUACUUUUUUAAUGAAAUAUCAUAUAUGAUUCACACAGAUACAGGCAAAGUAAAUAGAAUUGAAUCAUUUUAAAAGCUGUGUUUAUGUAUCAAGAUCAAAUCUUGUCACACAUAGAUAUGAAUGUUAGUCUUGAUUAUUUUUUUUAACUCUGUUUCACUUAAGUAUUUAUGAAGAUUGGAAUUUAGCUGUGUAAAUAUGUAUAUAACUAAUAACAGUUUGAAAGAUGAUUGUGGUGUGAACGCUCAUGUAAUUGACUAAUUAA